AGUACCGGGGCGGUCCCCGGGCCGUUCCGGGGCGGGGCCGUGGCCGGGGCCGGUCGCGCCAUGGCCGCCGCUGCGGGGCUGGCGCUGCUGGCGCUGCUGGCGGCGGCCGGGGCCGAGCGGGGCCGGAAGGUGUCCAUGGAGUACAACCCUGGCUGGAACAGCUCCUCUGUGAACCUGCUGCACGUGCGGGCAGUGGGGCCUGAGGACACCCUGCACUACGUGUGGAGCAGCAUCGGGGCCCCUUCUGUGCUCCUGGUGGCCACGCAGAGCCCCAGCAGUGCCCUGAGGGUCAACUGGACCCAGCUGCUGUCACCCAGUCCUGCCGGAGCCAUCUGGAUCGACCCUCCUGACAGCGUGGUCUAUUCCACAGCCGUGGUCUUCACCAAGCUGUUCGAGUUCAGCGAGGCCAAACCUGGAGGAGAGCUCUUCUACCCCACCUACGACCUGUCAGAGUUCUCCUGGGACAGCCUCAACCACACCCUGAACCACACGGCGCUGACGGCCGAGCUCAGCGGGGUCCCGGCCACCGACCCCAGCGGCACCUUCUCCAACGGCAGCCUGGCAUUCCGGGUGACAGCCUACGAGGCCGCGGGCCGUGCCGGGGCGCUGCCCAGGCUGCUGCACACGGCAGACAGCUCGCAGCUGCAGUUCCUGCUGGCCGGGGUGACGCCGCGGGGGAACGGCUCCCGCUUCCUGCUGCAGCUGGCCACCGUGGAGCCCGCGGGGGCCGCGCGGCGGCUGCAGCGCGACAGCUCCAUCGACGACGAGUACACCCCCAGCAUCUUCCAGGUGCUGUCCCUGCGCGCAGAUUCCCCGAACAGCAGCUCCCCCCUGCCCUUCCUGCAGUGGAAGGCCGUGGCCUACGGCUCGCGGAGCCCGCGGCGCGAGGACAGCAUCCAGUGCAGGGCUGGGGAGCUGUCCCUGGCCAACGGGAGCCUGCCCGGGGCCAGCGUGCUCCAGGCCUUCUUUGGGGACAGCUGGGACAGCAGCUGCACCGUCAGCGCCCUCAACGUGUCCUUUGGGGGAGAGGAGGGACAGGUGUACCAGGAGAGGAGGUACCUCAGCUGGUCGGUGCUGCUGGGCUUUGGGCAGCCCCCCAGGGACACCUUCUCGCCGCUGGUGAUCUCCAUCACGGCCGUGGCGCUGGGCACGCCGCUGGCCAUGCUGCUGCUGGGCAGCUGCCUGCUGCUGCUGGCACAGAGACGGCGCUACUCCGAGUACGAGCCCAUCAACUGAGGGGCCGGGAGACCCCCGGGAUCCUCCCCUCGGCCCCCGGCUCCUCCCGCUCCCGGCUCCUCCUGCCCGGGAUUCCCGGAUUCCUUCCCGGGAGUGGCCGUGGCUGCUGCCGCCCCUCUGCGUCCCCUCUGCCCC